CUCAAGUCUCAGUCGACGAGCUUAGUGUUUUUUGGUUGUGUACAAAAUUUAUUUAUUUUCGUUUUGUUUUUCAAGAAUUGUUGGUAUUUCGAACUCUUUGGUUGUGUUGUGUUACUUGUGUUUUUAGUGUCGUGUGGCAUUGUGGUGGUUGUUAGGUACUUUAAUCUAAUGUAAUUAUUAUCAACAUCCAAGAUGCCUGUGUUCCAUACCAAGAUAAUCGAAAGUAUUUUAGAGCCGGUCGCUCAACAGGUAUCUCGACUGGUGAUCCUCCACGAAGAAGCCGAAGAUGGCAACGCCAUGCCAGACCUGGCGCGGCCCGUGCAGGCUGUGUCGCUCGCCGUCAAUAAUUUGGUUAAGGUGGGACACGAAACAAUCGAGUCAUCGGACGACACGAUCUUGCGCGCGGACAUGCCGGGCGCGCUACGGCGGGUGGAGGGCGCGGCCACGCUGCUGCAGCAGGCGUCUGAUAUGCUGCGAUCUGACCCGUACUCCGGGCCGGCCAGGAAAAAGCUGAUAGAAGGCUCCCGUGGUAUACUGCAAGGGACAUCAGCGUUGCUGUUAUGUUUUGACGAAUCAGAAGUGAGGAAGAUUGUCAAAGAGUGUAAAAAGGUGCUGGACUACCUUGGUGUGGCUGAAGUGAUCGACACGAUGGAGGAUCUAGUGCAAUUCCUUAGGGACAUCUCGCCGGCGCUGUCUAAAGCGGCAAGAGAGGUAGCAGCCCGUGCAGCCGAACUAACGCACCCGCCACACGCGGAGACGCUCGCCCAUUGUCUCGAAAGCGUGAAGAAAUUGGCGCCCGUACUCAUUUGCGCUAUGAAGAUUUAUAUACAUAUAUUGGCUGAAGGUGGUAAGGGAAUAGAAGACGCCGCGGAAAAUAGGAACUACCUAGCGCAGCGUAUGGCGGAUGAAAUCCAUGAAAUUAUCAGGGUGCUCCAACUGACGUCAUACAUAGAAGAUGGCGGCGAAAAGGACAACAUUGCAGUGCUGAAAGCACUACAGACACAAAUACAUAGUAAAGCGGGAGCUGCGCAUGAGUUCUUGAACGACCCGGACGCGAUGCGCAACACAGUCGGCGAGAGAGCUCUCCGCUCAGUGCUGACCGCGGGACAGCGCGCCGCUGAGCACCUCGCGCCCGCGCACGCUGACUCGCUGCGAGCCACUGUCCGGUCCGGUGGAAUAAAUGCUGAUGUGCUGUGCGACGAGCGGCAGUAUGGGCGCGGGAGAGAGCCUAAGGCGCAAAAACUAUGUUCCGAAUUGGGAAGUCAACUAGACGACGUGGAAGGGAUCGUGAACGAAGGUGUGAGGGCUGCGGAGAAGCAGGGCGGCCAGACUAUGCAAGCUAGAUUGGAAGCGGCUCACAAAUGGCUGCUCCACCCGGCGGCCGAACCCGCGACCCGCCUCGAGGGACAGAAGGCAAUUAGUAGCAUAGUAGCACAGGGCCAUAUGAUAGCAGACAACCUCCAAGGUCGGGAAAAAGCGGAGGUAAUGCAACUGUGCUCUGACGUGCAACGGUUGUCCGACAAGUUGGCCGACUUGUGUCUCAGCGGCAGGGGCGACACGGAGGAGGCUAGGGCUGUCACACGGGAGUUAACGGACAAGCUGCACGAGCUUAAACGCGGUUUAGAUCGGGCUGUAGUUAACCGCGUGGUCGAGGACUUCAUAGAUGUCGCUGCGCCGCUCAGACACUUCACUGAUGCUGUUAACGCGCCGAUCGGUACCCCCGGACGCGAGGCCCGUUUCGAAGAGAAAGCUCGAGCGUUAGAAGCUUUUAGUUCCCGCGCAGCGGCCGCUGCUGAUAUGGUAGCGGCUGGAGUGAGGCAUAACAAGCGACUCGCUGAUCUGCUGCAUCAUAAUGCUAAAGAGGUAGAAAAACUAUCUCCUCAACUGAUUUGCGCUGGAAAGAUUCGCUUACACUAUCCUGAUAGUAAGGUGGCAGAAGAACAUUUCACAAAUCUGAAGAACCAAUACGCGGAUGCUGUGCUCCGUUGUAGAGAUCUGUGCGACCAGGCUGUCGACCCGCUCGACUUUGUUAGGACUGCUGGUGAAUUAAUGCAGAAACACACGUACCUAUGCGAAGAUGCGAUCCGCACGAAUGACUCACAGAAAAUGGUUGACAACACAUCUGCUAUUGCCAGGCUGGCGAACCGCGUGCUGCUGGUGGGCGGGGCGGAGCGCGAGAACAGUUCGGACGGCGAGUGGGCGGGCGCGCUGGGCGCGGCGCAGCGCCGCCUGCAGGACGCCAUCCCGCCCGCCGUGCGCCACGCCAAGCGCCUGGCGCUCGGCGACGCGCCCGCCGCGCCCGCCUGGCGCCGCGCCAACGCUGAGAUACUGCAAGCUUCGACCGGCGUGGAGGAGGUCCUGUCCCGCCAGUACGCGCCCCCGCCCCCGCCCCCCCUCCUGCCCCCGUCCCUGGCGUCCCUGUCGCUGGCGCCCCCGCGCCCCCCGCCCCCCGCGCCCGGCGCCGCGCCCCCCCGCCCCCCACCACCCGACACGGAUGACGAAGGAGAAGAUAUAUUCGAUAGGCAGCCGCAUCCCAGUCAACCGAUUUUGGUGGCUGCCCACAACCUCCACCGUGCAGUUCGCGAAUGGUCUUCUAAAGACAAUGAAAUCAUCGCAGCUGCCAAGAGGAUGGCUAUCCUCAUGGCGAGGCUGUCUGACCUCGUGCGAUCUGAUUCUAAAGGCAGUAAACGUGAGCUGAUAGCAACUGCCAAAGCGAUCGCAGAAGCCUCAGAGGAAGUGACCCGCCUUGCCAAGAAACUCGCGCUUGAGUGCACGGACAAGAGGAUCAGGACGAACUUGCUGCAAGUGUGUGAGAGAAUUCCUACAAUCGGCACUCAGCUGAAGAUCCUGUCCACUGUGAAGGCCACCAUGUUGGGAGCUCAAGGCAGCGAAGAAGACCAGGAGGCGACUGAAAUGUUGGUCGGCAACGCGCAAAACCUGAUGCAGAGCGUAAAAGAAACAGUAAAAGCAGCGGAAGGAGCAUCGAUCAAGAUCAGAACGGAACAAGGCGCGUACAGACUGCGAUGGGUCAGACGCUCGCCGUGGUAUCAGAUUUAAACACAAAAUGUGUGUUUUUUGUACCGAAAAUGGUA